AUGGUAUUCAAUACAGCAACUGUUGGGGGCGCGGUGACUCCUGUGGUCAUACAGACGUUCUUGAGCCAUUACCUCAACCGCAAGCCUCUUGCCCAAAAGCCCACGGCACAUGUCUCCUAUGAUGAAGGCCUGCAACUCAUUCGUAAAUUCCUCCUCUACGCCUCUUACCACACAGUCGAGGACCUCCAACGCUUCACCGCGCAAUGGGUUCCUCAUCCGCGCUGGGUCAAGGUUGACGAAGUCACCAUCUCCGAAGAGCACGUCAAGAAAGCCGCGGAGCACAUCCAAGAGCAGUUGGGCGAGCAUGGAAUUAAAAAGGUUGGCGGGAAGACGUGGUGGCAAUGGCGCAGGCCAGGUAGUGAAGUCAAGGCUGAGUGGAUCGAAAUGAGAUCUGAUUAUAACGAGAGAAAGGUUAAAAAAGAUCCGGGGAAAAGAGUCAUGCUUUAUGUGCAUGGUGGAGCGUACUUCUUUGGGAGUGUGGAUGAACACCGGUAUCAGAUGCAGAGACAUGCACGGAAGUUGAAGGCUAGAGUUUUUGCUCGUGAGUUUUCACGGUAUCGACUGGCACCUCAAUUCCCAUUUCCUUGCGGUCUGCACGAUUGCUUGGCUGCGUAUUUGUACCUUCUUACGGUCCAGGACCCAACGACGAUUAUAUUAGCGGGCGAUUCUGCUGGUGGCGGAAUGGUCUUGAGUAUGCUCGUGGUGCUGCGGGAUAGAAACCUGCCCUUGCCUGCGGGGGCUGUUUUAAUCUCGCCAUGGGUCGACCUGACUCACUCUUUUCCCAGUGUCGCUGGUGAUAAUCCGCUGGAUUAUAUACCUCCUCAUGGGCAAGGACGCAACCUCUCAAUUAUGAUUGAAGGCAAGCUGGUAGAGAUUAAAGACCAGAUUCAGAUGUAUGCUUCGAAUCAACUUAUUUCGCACCCACUCGUAUCGCCGGUUCUACAGCCAUCCUUGGGAGGGCUGCCGCCGUUGUUAAUUCUGACGGGAGGUGGAGAAAUGCUGAGGGAUGAGCAGAUUUACAUCGCCCACAAGGCAGCAAAUCCCAUCAUUUAUGCACCCGGAGACGUGUUCCUUGACGAAAGUCUCCACAACUACAACAGAAACCAAGUCAACCGCUGGAAACCCACUGAUGUUCAGCUACAAGUCUGGGAUGAUCUUUGCCACGUUGCUCCAACUUUAAGUUUCACUCGCCCUGCUAAAUACAUGUAUCGAUCGAUCGCUCAAUUCGGUGCAUGGGCUCUUGCAAGAGCACAAGAAUCCGAGAUUGACAUUUUGGAUGACGAUAGUGUUUCGGUUAUUUCGCAAUCUUCUGAUUCUGGUGAAGAGGACGAAGCAGUUAUGAGGAAGCAAGCGACUCAGAUUGAUACUCGGCAAGUCGCUGGGCAGGUUGGCAAGGCAGGUGACCCCCUUCCACCAUUCAAUAAACAUAUGAUCCGACAGCGAGUCGAUCGCCAUGGCAACAUAUUCAACCUGGAACCUGCAUCUGAGCUCCCUGCUUGUAACGUACCAGCGAGCGAAGUUGGAGUCAUUAAGGAAGGACCUGUCAAGAAAUGGAUGGCAGCUAAAAGAGAAUGGGAUACAAAAUUUGCAUCGGCUAAGCGCAAGAUACAGAAACAGCGAGCAAAGGAGAUGGCCAAAGGCUACGCUGAUUUCGGACACGGAGAGGUACCUCCUCCGUCUGCGUUGGCUGGCAGACGUAAGGCCGGAGACGACUUCAGAGAAGAGAAGAAGAGUCGAAGCAUGGGCAUGAGUUUGUGGGCGCUAUGGGGAAGUAAACAUGAUGAAAAGACUAUGGCAUUGGAGAAGGAAGCCGACAAAGAGCCGGAAACGACCGUUGCUUCUGCCGUAGAUGGAGCUGGGGCUCGCCCGCUUCAUGAUACCAAGACGAACCAGGGGAAGGAGAUGGAUAGAGGGCGGAAGCCCGGUCAUGAUCGCCGCAGAUCGCGUCGAAAGAAUGUUGCCGAUGAGCACCAGACUGGAGACAAUGAUGUGGAUCAGAACACACCAGCGUUUGAUCUGCUUACGAUUCGAAACCAGCAGGCUGAUACGCCACGCGAUGAACAUCUCACUCCGAUGCUCACUACUGAUAAUUCCAAUUACCCUUAUGGUACCCCCGCUACCGUUGGCAAUCAGCAGAGCGUCGAAGAAUACGAUCUUAAAAGACCAAAGGCAAACGGCAUUGCGUUCCCUUUUACUUUGAAAGGUUAUCAGAGCACAGCCAGCAUGACGACGCUCACUAGCGUUGUGGGAGUCCCUCCUGCGAGCGACGUCCGAAAUUCGGGGACGUUCACUAGCGGAGUAUCGCAAAACAAGACUGAUAUCGAUGCUUUGAAUUCGACAGGAAACAGUAGUGAGGAAGCAAAGGCCAGCAGAGAAGUCGAGCAACCAACCUCGAUUAUGGCGUCGUCGAAUGCUGGAGCUCUGGCUGCCAGUGAGAUCGAAGGAAAGGGCAAGGAGAAAGUGGUUGAGAAUGGAGAGGUGGUUUCUGCCGAGAGACCGCCUAUGGAAACGUUUUUCACGGCCACAGAUGUCACGGCUGUGUUGGAGAAAGCGCACAAGUGA